AUGUCUAUGCUACCAGACCAUCCACAGCAUCAAGUUCACUGCCACAGAUCUGAAAAUGGCUAUAUCUCGAGAUCUCUUGGACUAGGUCUUGAUAUGCCCGUCCUACAGCUCCUGCAUCAUUUUGAUCGCCACACCGCAUCGACACUUGCCUUUGGCACUUCUGUUUGGAGAGACAAUGUGCUUCCUAUAGCGCUACAUAAUGAGAUUCUUAUGCAUGCAGUUUUAAUGAUAUCGGCAUCUCACCAGCAUAGCAUUUCGCCAGAUAAUAGCACAUACAUAAAAGCUAUGGCUUAUCACCUAGAUCUCACGCUCUCCGGAUUCAGAGGUCUCCUAUCACAAGGAACAGAAAACUGCAAUCACGAUGUAGUUAUCGCUUGCUCUCUGCUGCUGGUCCACUACGCUUGGUCCAUGCCCUUUUUUGCAUACGCAGGCGAUAAAAUCGAUAUGAGAAGCGAACCGGACAAGCUACUCAAAUUUUCGGCUGGUCUCAAAGCAGUCAUUAUUACUAUGAAAGAAGAAAGAGGAUGCUACAGAGGCAUUUUCAAGUCUCCCUUGUCAAACGAUUCGAUCCAAGCAUUCCAAGACUGGGAGUCAGCUCUAGGAACCACGUUUGACUUUGGCGAAUACUUCUUUGGCGCACGAUCAACUGCCUUGGAUGGAUCCUUCGGAUGUUGCAAAGAUAAUGCAUCAGCUGAUCCAUAUGAGCGGCUGGCCCCUCUACUAAACACGAUGGAUGCUGUAUUGAACGGCCAUGCCAUCCAUCACCUAAUGGUACAGAUACAGAUAUAUACACUUUUCUGGCCUUCUAAAGCCUCAAGGGACUUUGAGAACGAAUUUUUCAUAAACCGAACCGAAGCAUGUAUUAUCAUGCUCACCUUUUAUGCCACCGCGUGGUGGCUUCUUUCCGAGAGCGUGUGGUGGGCAAGAAGACGUACAAAAGUCAUGUGCGAGUCUAUCCUUGAGAGCUUGGAUAAAAAGAGUAAGGACAAGAGGUGGGAGGCAAAUAUUGAACAGAUUCGCCAGUAUUUUAAGUUCACGCCGAAUGGCUCUGGGGGUUGGACAAUUGGUGAUCCUGGCUACCAUCCAGCAACAGAGUAUUGA